AUGGAUAGAGAAGUGGAGCACUUUCUAAAGGAUUGCCGGGGCUGUAUACUGGUAUCAGCACCUGAUGUACCAGUUCCUAUGGCGAGAAAAUUGUUGCCAGCUGGUCCUUGGCAGGAGAUAGCUGUUGAUUUCAUGGGACCACUGCCAGAGGGUCAGUGGCUUUUCGUAGUAGUUGACUAUUACAGUCGAUUUGUAGAAGUUGCAGAAAUGAAGAACGUUACUGUGGCCGACACAAUAAGAGAGUUAUCAACGAUAUUCGGCCGUUUUGGAGUUCCUAUUACGAUGAGAGCCGAUAAUGGACCGCAACUGAGCGGUGAGUGUAAAGAACUUAAGCAGUUCUGCGAGGAAUUCAACAUUGAAUUGGUUAACACGAUUCCGUACUGGCCGCAGGCGAAUGGUGAAGUAGAGCGUCAAAACAGAAAUAUCUUGAAGCGGUUACGAAUAGCGCAGGAAUUAGGCAAGGAUUGGCGUUUAGAAUUGAGAAAAUUUUUACUCGCAUACCAUUCGACAAUUCACUCGACGACUGGGAAGUCCCCAUCGGAGCUGAUGUUUGGGCGCAGGAUCAGGAAUAAGCUGCCUUCAAUUCCGGAGCACAAGGAAGAUGAAGAGGUUAGGGAUCGGGACAAAAUUGUCAAAGAAAAAGGGAAGGGAUACUCAGACAACAAACGUAGGGCUUGUAGUAAUGAUGUUACGGAGGGGGAUUUAGUAUACAUGAAACGACAAAGGAAAGAGCAUAAGCCAGUCACAGAUUUUUCUUCGGAGUUAUUCAAGGUCAUCAAACGAGUGGGAUCGGAAGUUACUGUUAAGUCAUUGAGAUCAGGAAAUGAAUACAAACGCUAUGUCUCACAUCUUAAGAAAGCAGAAGAUCGUGUUCAGGAUAGAGACGUUCAAGAAGAAUCAUUAGAACAAGAGGAGGUUGGCAGCGAAAAUAGAUCAGAAGGCUCAGAAGGUCCUCAACAUAAUAAUGAUGAGAAUAUUGUUGUUCCUGAGAAACGAAAAUGUUUAGCUCCCAAGAAGUUUCAAGACUAUGUGCCUUUUUGA